AUGAGCAGGCAAAACAUGAACAGGAAGUCAUGGGAGUCCUUGUCAUCGACAUUCUCCCAGCUGGAAAUUUCCAUCUCCCAUGACAGCUGUUAUGCCUCUGAUGAAUACUCUGCCCCCGCAAAACCUACCACUGCUGUCCAUACUCUUGACGCUCCCUCUCUGGUGCCCGCGGUAGCGGCGCCUCUCCAGUCGAUCUUGAAGCCGAUUCUGAAAAGACCAUAUUCAGAAAUCGAAGAAGACGAAGCAGAAGAAGCAGAGUCUGGCUACGCAUCUGAGGAAUCCGAAUACGGUUAUGACAGUUUUGACGAAUCGGAUGAUGACAUGUGUGAAGUCUCAGAGUGGGAUGAAGCUUCUGACAUCAUGUCUCAAUCAGAUGGGGAAGACGACGAUGUCGCGUCACUAGACGGCUCGUUCAUCAUUGAAUUCGGCGGAGCUCAUGUUCAAUUCAACGCGAACAUAUGCUAUAUCGAAGCGCCAGAGCUAGAGGAAGACGAUGAAAGCCCCGAGGCCGGACUGACAUGCCACGAGUUGAUGGAGAUGGCACGAAAGUCUGGUAGCUUGCGGCUACAAGAGGGUACAGGGCCUGGCGACCACCCUGAGGACUGCGAGGACGACGAUAGUCUGAUCCUGGAAACCUUGAAGCAGCUCCCGGAAGAGCACCCCGAUGAUGUUGUUGACCUGGACAAGAGUCUCUUCGUUGCCUACAUGAAUGGCAUCAACGGGCUCACCGACCCACAGUACAAGUCUCGCCUUCGCAGCCGCGUUGACGAUAUAAAGUCUGGUCGUGCACACACGCCAUACCUAGAUGAGGAUGGCACAACUGGUGCAUACAUCGAUAAUGCGCUCAACCACGUUAUCGGAGUCUUCCGCAACAUCGUCGCCGAGGAGGAGUUCAACGAACUUGUUGACCUCAGCCACGUCAAGGGCAGCUCCACCGGGCCCAGUGGGACCAUCAGCCAGAAGCUUCUGACCAAGCUUGAGAAUAUCCUCUCAGAGAGACUGGCCUCCGAUGCCGUCAAUAUCGGGCCUGACGAGUUGAGCUUCUUCACCAGUGGGCUUGCUUACGCUCUAGACCACUGGACCAGUUACAUGACGCGAUGA